UCUGUCGUUUCGCGCCAAGCUUCGCGUUGUUUUGCUGCCAGCUGCUGUUAUGCUUUUAUUUAUGAAGUGUAAUGGUAAUUGCUUGCGCACUGUUAAAGUAUUAUAGAAAUACAUAAACUAUUAUAGGAAUACAUCACAAAUAACUUGCAAAAAUGUCAGACAUACGUAUUUUGGGUAAGCGAUUAGCGCAACGCAUCGGUCAGGAAGCGAUCGUGCUUGGCAGAAUUACGGAGAAAAGUUCUGAUGGUAAGAGUGCAGAGAUUACGACAACCGAUGACGCUCGAAUUAACAUGAUGUUUCUCGAACCAUUGGACAGCAACGCAUCAGGUUACAUAGAGGUGCGUGGUACGGUAAAGUCAAAGUCUACAAUGUCUUGCAACAGCUUUGUAUGUUUUCCUCCAAGUAUGACUAAAGACUUUGAUUCAAAUAGCUAUAACACAAUGGUGAAUAUGCGCUGUGCAGUGGGGAAUCAGUUAGAAGGAGUGUUUUAUGGAGAUUAAGAAUCAGUUAGAA